AUGCUGCAGCUGUUCCCUAUAGAGAAAUCUAAGUUAUCUUUGCUGCUGCUGCUGCUGCUGCAGCAAGAAAAAUAUAUGCUGCUCAAAGGAGACAAAGGAGACACUGCAGAUACACCCCACACAACUGUCUCCAUAAAGAAAAACUCCAGUGUGGGGUACAGCAGCAACAACAGGAGAGACACAGAGAAAGAGACAUCUGAGCAGACAUGGGGGGAGGAGGAGACAGUAAAAAAGGAGACAGCUGGUGAGGGGACAGAGGAAAAGGAGACAGUUGGUGCUGAGGAGACACUUGACGAGGAGACAGGAGACCUCAGCAGACGGCGGCGCAGGCCAGCUGCAUGCACCAAGGUCUCUAACCUCCCCCUCAUGCACGGAGACACCCCCGCGUCCCCUGUCUCCUCCUGCAGCAGCAGGAGACAAAGUGUCUCCUCUGUCUUUUCUAAGGAGACAGUGCAGGCUGCAUCGCAGCAGCGGAGGAGACAGCUGUCUCCUGCUGCUGCAGACGAUGAGUGUGGGGCCCCCUACUCGGACUUUGUUUACUACACUGACCCCCUUGCCUUCAGCAGCAGAAACGCAAGUGCAGCGCAUGCAGCAGAGACAUGCAGCAGGGCCCUGUUUUCUAUGGGCUUGAAGCAGGAGACUGCUGCUGUGAGCAGCAGCUGCAGCAGCUGCAGCAGCAGCAGCAGCAGCAGCAGCAGCAACAGGGGAGGUGCAGCGCCUCUAGUCGAAGGAGACAACUCCAGACUGCUGCAGCGAGCACCCUCGAUAACUUUCAUAUGGCAGCAGCUGGUGCUGCACAGCGGAGGAGACAGAGAAAGAAAAGGAGACAGAGAAAGAAAAGGAGACAGAGAAGAAAAAGGAGACAGAGAAGAAAAAGGAGACAGAGAAAUAAAAGGAGACAGAGAAGAAAAAGGAGACAGAGAAGUAAAAGGAGACAGAGACAGUCCCCCUACCCCACCAGACGCUGCCGCUUUGUGGGGUCUGCUGCAGACAGGGCAGAGCCCCUGUGCGUUGUUGGGGUUUAGGGGUAUGGAGGGUGGAGGAGACGAUCCCAGUGUCUCUGCAGCGUCAGCAGCUGUCUCCUUUGUAGACUCGUGUGCUGCUUUUCAAGCAGCAGCAAGUUCAGGUGUACUGACACCUGAGGCCCUGGCGACCCCUGCAGGUGUCUCCUGGCUGCUGCCGAGGAGACUGCUGCCAGCAGCAACACAAGCAGCAGCAGGAGCAGUUCUAUACCGCCUCAGGUUGCUGCAGACAGUCAGUAUAGACCCCACAACACAAAAACAAAUAAACCAGCAGCAACACAAACUAGAAGACCACGAACAGCAACAACAACAGCAGCAGCAGCAGCAGCAGCAGCAGCAGCAGCAGCAGCAGCUGCAGCAGCAGGGCACUCUAUGGGUACUUGAGCAAGCCUUUGAAGUCCACGAGCCGGGAUUCGGGGAGUGGCGGUUGGGGCUGCGGCGGCUGCAGGGGGGCCCCCAGGGGGAUGCAGCAGAGGGGGGCCCCCAAGGAGAUACACAGUAA